CUAAUAAAGGCGCUCAAUAAUAAAAAAAAAGAAAGAAAAAAAGAUAUUUACUUUAUCUUUUCCAAUUAGAGAUAAUUUAUUGGUAUGGGUGUUGUUGUUGGUGUUGGUCGUGUUGUUGUUGUUGUUAGAUUGAUCCUUUCGAGUAAAUUUGGGAAAAGUGGAAAUAUAAUUAUAAAUAGUUUUAUUAUUGGAAAAAGAUUAAGAUGGAUUCCUUAUGACAAAUUUAAAAAUGUUGUAUAUCUUAAUGAAGGAGGAUUUGGUACUAUAUACAGAGCUAUUUGGUUAAAGAAUAAUGGAGAUGAAAAAGUAAUUCUUAAAUGUCCCAAGAAUUUAAAUGAAGAUUUAAAUGAAUUUUUAAAAGAAUGGAAACAUCAUACAAGUGUUUUUAGUUCAAUUGAUAUUGUAAAUGUUUAUGGAUUCACAAAAGAUCCAAAUACUUCAAAAUAUAUGGUAGUAGUGGAGUAUGCAAAUAAAGGUAAUUUAAGAGAAAAUUUAACAAGAAUAGUCAAAAAUAAUUGGAAUCAAAAAUUAUAUAUGUUGUAUGAAAUUAUUUCUGGACUUUGUAAAAUACAUGGAAAUAAUCUUAUUCAUUGUGAUUUUCAUGAUGGUAAUAUUUUAAAUCAUAAUGAAAAGAAUAAGGAUAAAAUUUAUGUUAGUGAUUUAGGAUUAUGUCAACCUAUAAAAUCGGUUUUGGAAGAGUAUGAUAUUUAUGGUGUUAUACCAUUUAUGGCUCCUGAAGUUUUAAGAGGCAAAUCUUAUACUCCAGCUAGUGAUAUAUAUAGUUUUUCUAUGAUUAUGUGGGAAUUUACAUCCGGGGUACCACCAUUUAAUGAUAGAGCACAUGAUCUUCAACUUAGUUUAAGUAUUUGUGAAGGUGAACGACCUGAAAUUAUUGAAAAUACUCCACAAUGCUAUGUAGAUUUAAUGAAAAAAUGUUGGAAUGAAGAUCCAUUAAACAGGCCAUCUGCGUUAAAA